CUAUCUUAUCUCUCCGUUUCCUUCUGCCUUGAGAGAAAGUGUUAGACCAAUAGAGUGACGAUAUUUUCGCGAGAUGUUGGCGAGAGCUCCACCUCCGUCAGUUACUUUCCCGGCGAGGAAUAAAGUUUGUAAUCGAAGAGAGAUUGUGCGUCUGUUUCGAGGAGGAGUGGUAACGAGAGGCGGUUUCACUCGUCGGCCACUGGAGACUUCAUGCUCGAACGAGGCCGUUAACGACUCCACCGACGAUGGAUUCGUCGUGAUCAAAGCGGAACGCCGCGAGAAGGAGCUCUAUCCUCCGCCUUCGUCUUCGAUUCCGUCAGAAUCUUCGAGAAGAAAUGGUUCGCGUUCCAGAGGAGUGACCGGGAGUUUCGGGAGGUUAAAGGCACAGAAAGUGAAAGCUCUCGUUGGUAAGGUGACGCAGAAGAAGCAGCAUGCGAGUCGUGAUGAGGAAGAAGAAGAAGAAGAAGACGAGGAUGAGGAUUCUUUUGAGGGUGAAGGAUAUGGUUCAUCAUCAAUUCUGGAUUUGAUGAGGAAGAAGUUGGCUAUGAAAGAUCUACCUAGAUCAGGAAAAUCUUCAGAGGUAAGAGGAUUCAGCAAAGUGCGGGAAUCUAGAGAGGUGAGAGGUACAGAUAGAUUCCAAGGACAUGAUGAGGUUCCAAAUCGUCAGAGUAAUGAGAGAGCAGGGUCACGUAGUGCAGAUUCAAGCGGUUAUGCUGCUAACUCCAGGGGCAGGGGAGCUGUUGGUGGUGAGGUUUCAAACCUUCGGAAGUUUAGUGAUAAUGAAAGAGCAGGAUCGAGGAGUUCAUAUUCAAAAGACUCUGCUUCUAACUCUAGGGGUAGAGAAGAUAGGCGUUUUGUUACCAAAGAGUCGGAUACGUAUCAGAGACGUGAUAGAGCUGCGGAUGAGUUUUCAGAUGCUCGGUAUUUCGCUGAUAAUGAGAGAGCAGGAUCACGUUAUUCAUAUUCAAGAGGCGCUGCUGGUGGUAGCUCCAGAGGUUGGGGUGAUAGGCGUUCUGAUGUAUACGCAAGAGAUAUGAAGGAUUGGAGAGAGAGGGGGAACAGAACCAAGCCCGCUAAGGAGACUGGCUUUUUCAGCCGUAAAAGUUUUGCAGAGGUUGGAUGUAGUGAGGAUAUGAUGAAGGCCUUAAAGGAAAAUAAUUUUGAUCGACCGGCACAAAUUCAGGCUCUGGCUUUUGCGCCAGUUGUUGAUGGAAAGAGUUGUAUUAUAGCUGAUCAAAGUGGAUCAGGCAAGACACUGGCAUAUCUUGUACCUGUUAUUCAGCGUCUCAGAGAAGAGGAACUUCAAGGACUGAGCAAAUCGUCUUCUGGUUGUCCUCGUGUUAUUGUUCUGGUACCGACCGCAGAGUUGGCUUCCCAGGUUCUCGCCAAUUGUAGAUUAAUAUCAAAGUCUGGGGUCCCGUUCCGUUCCAUGGUAGUGACGGGUGGUUUCAGACAACGAACCCAGCUCGAAAAUUUAGAGCAAGGUGUGGACGUUUUGAUUGCAACACCAGGGCGUUUCACGUACCUUAUGAAUGAAGGAAUUUUGGGGUUGUCAAAUUUGAGAUGUGCUAUAUUAGAUGAGGUGGAUAUACUCUUUGGCGACGAAGAGUUUGAGGCAGCCCUGCAGAAUCUGAUCAGUUCUUCCCCUGUGACUGCACAGUAUCUGUUUGUUACAGCAACCUUACCCCUUGAGAUAUACAACAAACUUGUUGAAGUUUUCCCUGAUUGUGAAGUUGUGAUGGGACCUCGUGUGCACCGUGUUAGCAAUGCCCUCGAAGAGGUUCUUGUUGACUGCAGUGGAGAUGAUAAUGCAGAGAAAACUCCUGAGACUGCUUUUCAGAACAAGAAAGCUGCUCUCCUUCAGAUUAUCGAGGAAAACCCUGUUGCCAAGACUAUCAUCUUCUGCAAUAAGAUUGAGACAUGUAGGAAAGUUGAGAAUAUAUUCAAGAGGCUUGAUAGAAACGAAAGGCAGCUGCACGUCCUACCGUUUCACGCAGCACUCGCACAAGGGGCAAGGCUUACAAACAUGGAAGAAUUCACCUCAUCUCAUCCCGAAGAUCAUUCACUGUUUCUGGUCUGCACGGAUAGAGCUUCUCGUGGGAUAGAUUUCACCGGUGUUGAUCAUGUGGUGCUGUUUGAUUUUCCACGUGACCCGAGUGAAUACGUGAGACGAGUUGGAAGAACAGCGAGAGGGGCUAGAGGAGAAGGAAAGGCUUUCGUCUUUGUGGUGGGGAAACAAGUAACGUUGGCAAGGAGGAUCAUUGAGAGGAACCAGAAGGGUCAUCCGGUUCAUGAUGUCCCAAACGCUUACGAGUUCACAACUUAACUUUAGGUGAACUCUUUCAUCGUCUCCUUUCCCCCCUUAUUGCAAUCUCUCUGGUGUUGAGAGAAACAAGACGGGUCUUUCGGUUCAUAAUGUCCCAGAUGCUUACUGACAAGAACGUACCUGAUGACUACAAGUAAAUCCUUUUUGUCGUGAUGUUUGUCAGCAUUGUAAUCGGAACCUAUUGGGCCAGUUGGGCCUCAAGUUUCAGUUUCCCUGUAUUUCUUCAUAUUUCUAAUUUCCAAAAAUCUAUUCUAUUUAAAUUAAAUCAAUGUCUUUGUAGUUCA